UGCCAGUUUCUAUAAAUGCUUGACUGUCCAAAACCCCUAAUGAGGAGGGACCUGUUGAGUAAACUAGAUGCUCAAAUAACCUUUAAAAACAGAGAAAUACAGAAGAUAAUACCACAGUCAAAAAUAGGAGAAGUGAUAGUUUUUAUGUUACAGGAAGCGCCAAAACCAGAAGAACCAGUCCCAGUGGAAGUGGACAAUGCAGUGAUCCCUCUGGUGGGGGCUGAUGAACUUCUAGGUCAGUCAAAACUGGCAGAAAAACAUGUUCUAAAGCCCAGAGCUAAGCCGGUAAGACAAAAACAAUAUCCUAUUAAAUGGGAAGCUAUGAAAGGAUUGGAGAGCUUGAUCACAAAAUUUCUGAAUUAUAAAUUAUUGGUAGAAUGUGACUCAGAAUAUGAUACCCCAAUAUUACCAGUAAAAAACAAAAUGGUAAGGAUUAUCGGUUAGUUCAGGAUCUGAGGACCAUAAACCAAAUUGUACAAGAUAUUCACCUGAUGGUAACUAACCCAUAUACUUUAUUGACUUCCUUAAAGGAAGAGCAUAAAUGGUUUAGGGUACUCAGUCUAAAGGAUGUUUUCUUUUGCAUACCCCUGGAAAGAGGCAGGCAUAAUACUUUUGCUUUGAAUGGGAAAGCCUGACCACUGGAUGCAAAACCCAACUUGUCUGGGCAGUGUUACCCUAGGGAUUCAAAAACAGUCCUACAGUUUUUGGUAAUCAUCUAUCAAAAGAAUUAGAGUUAUGGAAAAGAAGGAAUUCAGACAGAGCAAUAUUACAAUAUGUGGAUGAUAUUCUACUGGAUGCAGACACUCGGAAAAGGUGUUUACAAAUGACUGUAAGUCUGCUAAACUUUCUGGGACAAGAAAAGUACUUUACUGAAAAAUAAAGCCCAAAUUGGAAAAGGAACUCUGAUUUAUUUAGGAUUCGAGAUUUCACAAGGACAGUGAAAAUUGGGAGAUAAUUGAAAAGAAGCUAUGUGCCAGACUCCUGAGCCAAAGGCAGUAUGGGAAUUAAGGACCUUCCUGGGUAUGGCCAGGUGGCGCAGGGUGUAGAUUCCCAAUUAUGGGUUACUGGUAAGACCCUUUUAUGAAACUCUAAAGGAGUCAUAAGAGACCUGGUUGCUAUGGACCCGAGUGCCAAACCGUUUUCAGGAAUUUGAAAAAAACCUUAAUGUCAGCCCCUGCUUCAGGGUUACCCGAUCUGGCCAAACUUUUGAAUUGUUUGUAUGUGACUGCCAAUACCUAGCUUUGGGUAUGCUGGCCCAAAGACUGGGAACAUGGAAAAGCACUAUAGGUUACUUUUCCAAACAGCUGGACAGUGUGAGCAGGGGAAGGCCAGGAUAUUUGCAAGCUGUGGCAGCAACAGUCCUUUGGAUUCAGAAAGUUGGAAAACUAACUAUAGGACAGAAAAUCAUUGUAUUAUGUUCCACACAUGGUUAUAUCUGUCCUAGAACAAAAGGGAGGACACUGGCUAUCUCCAAGCUCAAACACCAUGUUGUUUUGUUGGAACAAGACAACAUAGAAUUUAGAACCACCACAGCAACUAACCCAGCAAUGUUCUUGAACCCAAAGAUAGAAGAUUCAGGAAUUUUGUGUCAUAAUUGCUUGCAGACCAUCGAACAGGUAUAUUCCAGCAUACCAAACCUCAAGGACAUACCCCUGACGGAUCCCAGCUUGGAACUGUUUACAGAUGGGAGCAGUUUUGUACGAGAUGGGAGAGGAAUGGCUGGGUAUGCAGUAGUCACAGCCACACAGGUAAUGGAGGCUAACUCCUUGCGCAUUAACACAUCAGCCCAAAAGGCAGAGUUAGUGGCAUUACAGCAAGCCUUGAGGUUGGCGGAAGGAAAAAAGGUGAAUAUAUGGACUGAUUCAAAGUCUGGUUUUGGAAUAGUUCGUGCACUCAGGGCAGUUUGGAAAGAGAGGGUUACUGUCAGCCCAGGGAUCAUCUAUUAAAUACAAAGAAGAAAUUUUCCAACUUUUCCAGGACAUCCAGAAACCCAAGGAAGUAGCAAUAAUGCAUUGCAGGGCACACCACUUUGGACAAAUGACAAUAAAUGUGGGUAACCAAUUGGCUGAUAAGACUGCUAAGGAGGUAGCUGAACAAAAAGCAUCCUCGUCUUGGUACCAGAAAACCAGGUAAAAUUGCCAAUCUCAAAUCCCAAUUAUAGUAAAACUGACUGACAAUUGGCAGUGUUAUUGAAAGCAUCACUCACUAGAGAAGGGUGGUUCGUAACCCCCACCCAACGAGUUAUCAUACCACUGCCACUGAUGACUGAAGUAAUUAACAAAAUGCAUCAAGAAACUCAUUGGGUAAGUGAGGCCACAAUUUCUAACCUUCAAAAUUUCAAUUAUAAGCAUAGGAAUGACAGGAAUAGUUAAGUCUAUUGUAACAAAAUGUCCAAUUUAUUUAAAGAAUAAUCCCCUGAAUAGAAAACAACAACCCCUAGGAACCACUAGACAAGGGAACACGCUUGGGGACUAUUGGCAAAUAGUUUUCUCCAAAUUACCCAGCCAAGAUAAUUAUAAAUAUCUCCUAAUGUUGGUAGACACCUUUUUAGGAUGGCCAGAAGUUUUUCCUUGUUGCAGCAACAAAGCUAGAGAAGUAGUUAAAAUACUGCUAAAAGAAAUAAUCCCAAGGUCUGGGUUACCAAUAGGAAUGCCCUCAGAUAGGGGCCCCCCAUUUUGUGGUGGAUAUAGUACAAGAGAUUAGAAAGAUCCUUGGUAUGGUAUGGCAGUUACAUACUCCCUGGAGACUUCAAUCAGGUGGGAAGUUGGAAAGAAUGACUCAAACCUUGAAAUGACAAAUUAGUAAAAUGUGCCAGAGAACUUCUUUCAGGUGGCCACAAGCCAUCCCACUAGCCCUCUUAAGGAUAAGAAUGCAGCCAAGGUCUAAAGACAAGGUAAAACCUUGGGAACACUCAGAUGACAUAUUGUACUGACUGGACCGCUUGCACUGGACACACCUGUCCACCAGUAUCAACUAGGAGACUGUAUAUAUUAGAAUGUGGAACUUGGAACCAUUAUGAGAAAAAUGAAAAGGACCCUUUCAGGUACUCCUAACAACUUACACGGCAGUCAAGGUAGGAGAGAUUGAACCGUGGAUUCAUUUUACAUGUGUAAAGAAAGCACCACCAGAUCAAUGGAAAAUUACUUCUGAAGGACCCUUGAAGAUAAAAAUCAAUUGAGUCACAUGAACUACAGUUUGUCCUAUUACUGAUAACAGAUUGUGAGCAAGUGUAUUUGCUGUUUACCUUAAUUGGGAUUGUGGGACCUGUACUAUCUGAUGAAUAUGUGUCAUGCAAAUUAUCUUUGUCUAACCCAGAGCUAUCUCAAAACUUACAAUAGAUUCCUCCUGAUCAUAGGGGUCUUAAUCAAUUUGGCAAACUCCCUGCAAGGGCAUGAUAACAUGAGACAAAGAUCAAAAAGAAGCUUAGAGUUAGAAGGGCAUGAACAUGAACUUCCCAUUUGGGAUCCAGAAGAGAAUUUAUGGGAAGAAUUGGCUACUAAAGUAGUUAAUACUUCUAACUUUUGUUUACAUUCUAGCAAUUCAGUAAGUAAGGUGUUCACUUCCUGCCUUGUUGGAGUACCGACCCCUCUGAGAACCUUGAAACAUUAUCAGUUCCAAUACAAUGGCACAAGCCCAACUGGAGAAACCAUACAAUGGGAAGUCAGUAAUACGACUUGUCUGCAACAUCAGACCCGCCUUCCAACUGGGGAAAUACUGUGUUGGGCCAUAGCAAGAGAUAAUUUACAAUAUAAUGAAACCACAGUGGAAGCUUUGGGAAAGGUUAGUCAGGAGUUUAAUAGGAAAAUGUUCAAGGUCAGAAUAGGAAACUCAUUUCCAGCUGAGAGUUGUAUAAAGUUUGUGAAUUGUUCUAAAAACUGUUUAAAUUUAUCCAGAUCCAAGCCUAUACUACAUUGUAAUCAGACAUAUGACAUGUCAACAGACUACAAACAUACCAUAUUACCUCAAGGGUGGUUUUUAUUGUGUGGUAGAAUGGCCUACACCUAUAUUCCGGCCAACUGUACUGGAGGUCCCUGUUCUCUGGGAAGAUUAGUUCCCCGAUUAUAUAGGCCAGCUGAUAUCAUGAGGCAGGAAAGGAGGUCCAGGAGGUCGAUCCACUCAUUAGGUGAAGAAUGUGAUGCAGAAGUAACACUUUUUAGUCCUGAAGAAAUAUCAGCAGCUGCGUUCCUAGCUCCAGGAGCAGGGGUUGCUAUGAAUUAUAAUGUAAUGAAACGACUGGCUUGUGCCUUGGUGAAAAAUAUCAAUUACACCUCUCAAGCGCUGUCAGUCAUACAGGAAGAACUGAGCCAGAUAAGACAAGCUGCCUUGGAAAAUAGGGCGGCCAUAGACUAUUUAUUACUCCGUCACAAUCAUGGGUGCAAAGAAUUCAAAGGCAUGUGCUGCUUCAACCUAACUGGCAACUUGGAGCUGAUAGAGAGUAAAACACAGAAUCUGAAACAGUCAGCCCAUGGUAUUAAAGAGAGACAAGGGCUGGAUUUGUCAUGGCUAACAAAUUGGUUACCAAACUUGAUCUGGGUUAAACAAAUCUUCAUAGCUGUAAUUCUUAUUAUUGUAAUCAUCUUGGUAAUUUACGUAUUAAUGCAGUGUAUUCCUAUGAUUAGAAACCUGUGCGAUUCAAAAUACAGAAGAUCUCUCUAAUGGGACAGAGAAGUCUCAAAAGGGGUGAAUUGUUGUAAAAUUCUCAAGAUUAUGAAAUAGGCAUCCUGUAUUAAUCAUGGGUAAAAAGGGGCUAAAAACAUAUGCACAUAGAUAAGUACUGAAAAACCAGUUGAAACCAACACAUCUUGCAACACACUGACAAGAUUGCUCAAUGAGCCAACUCAUGACCCUAUGUGGAUCAGAACUGCUGAGUUUGACUAAAGGACACAGCAGAGUGACCUCUGAAGCCCACCAAGGACCCUGACAAGAGACCCCAGGAGACUUGGAAUGCAUGUGUAAUGAUCAUGUAAAUAUUAUAAUGAGAUCCAGGAAAAGGGAUGAAUAUGUACAGUUCUUCUGAGAAAUGUAAUAUGUAUGUAUGGAACAGAAACAUAUAAAGGAUGUAUGUGUGCACAAUAGGUGGAGAGAUCCCCUGUGCACCCGGUGCUGCUGA